AUGACACCGAACAUUUCCGGCGAUGACGACGACGAAGAGCUCAAAAGUUACCUGUGCGAUGAUGAUGUUGAUUUGCAGGCAGCGUUAACUGCUAGCGUUGAAGACGUCUGCAGUCAACAACAUGAGACCGCUUCUACAGCGACUACAGCCACUACAGCUACUGUCGUACAGUUUACACUGAAGAACCAUCAAGAAGCAGUGUUGCCUUACAUUGAUGUUCUUGACCGUGACAGAGAGAAUAUGGACGAAAUCGAUGUGAGGAGAUCACAUCUUUGGUUGGACACUGUUCAAGCAAUGACGCGUCCUAAGUUUACUGGGCAGAAGUGGCUUCGUAUACACUUUCUAUUGGAAGAGGCGGUAGACGACGGUGGCCCUAGACGGGAAUUGUUUCGUCUCGCUUUGCAAGAAUGUUGCUAUUCAAACCUUUUCGUUGGCUUGCUUCAUUCUCGCACUGUCUCUCUCGGUGUCCCAGCUUUACAGCAGAAAAAGUACCUUGUAGCUGGUAAGACUUGCUUUUCCAGGACGACUCAUGGCCAUGUCAUUGAUUCAAGGGGACCCGCUCCAAAGUUUCUUGCACCAUCUACAGCCUGGUAUCUGGCUAAUGGAUUGGAAGGAUUAACUCCUACUAUUGAAGAGCUACCGGAUUCCGAUAUGCGUGAAGUCUGGCAAGAGCUUCAAGAUGCCACCAGUAUUGACGAAGCGAGGCAAAUGUUAGAAACUCGAAAAUAUGACCUACGGUUCAAGCUUGGGUAUGGACGACCGUCAUCGUCGUUGGAAGCCCAUCAUAUUACGCAGCUAGUGACAGGGGUCUGUCUCCAACAAAUUAUUUACAGUAACAAAACGGCCCUAGAUCAGCUAUUAGAAGGUCUUCGCUCACACCAAGUCAACGAGCUCAUAGCUGGAAAUUUUCCUUUGGCGAAAGCACUGUUUACACAUACUCCAACCGUCUCGAUCGAUGCUACAGCUAUGCGCAGCUUGUUCAAGUUCACCCCUUCACAGACAGGCACAAAUGCGAGAACAAAAGAAGAGGAACUCUUACUUUACUGGUAUCGCUUUCUCAGUGAUGUAGAAGAUGGCCUCGUCUCCACAGGUGAGGACGAAGCAGCAUGCUCGCUGGACCUUCCAGCUAUUCUCACGUUUGCCACAGGCUUGGAUUCAGUUCCAGCAAUGGGAUUCCACAAAGAUCUUGUACUUGCAGUCGAUCAUAGCGACGUGACUGGUACGUGCCCAAGGUCAUCUACUUGCGACUUACGACUAGUACUUCCUGUCGCACUCUGUGGCUCUUAAGAAUAUUUCAGGGACAAAAUGGCGUUUGCAAUUUUAAAUUGUCACGGAUUUGGUCAGAUCUAGUAGUGUAUAGUUCUAUAGAUGAACUCAGUGUUUAGUACACAUAUUGCGUUGCGUUCUGCUAUUCAAUGUAGUUUUAACAAGUUAAUUAAUUAGCUGUUACACAAUGUAUAGCUGCUAUAAUUAAGUGCUGGUGGGUUUUGUUAAUUAAUAUAUCGUUAAAAUAGA